UAUUUUGAAUGCAUACCCCUGCUCAUAAUUUCAUCAUUAUUAUUAAGAUGUGACAAAAACACACGUAGCUUUCUAAUAAGAGACACCACCACACCCCCCAUAUACAUCACUCACACAACCACCACCACCACCUUACCCUUUCAUCUCCAUUUAUCACCCCUUUCUAAAAUUUUAGUAAUUCCUCUCUUUUUCUUUUUCUUCCAUCCAAACAUGUCCUCCACCAUUCUCUUCUUUCUCCCAAUAACCAUAACACUCCUCAUCAGUUUUCCGACCACCACAAGAACCGACGAUCCUUGUCCCUAUCCAUGUUACCCUCCACCCACCGCUCCUGGCGGCGGCACCGGCACUACUACUCCUACAACCCCUACAGCACCGCCGGCACCACCGCAAUCCGGUACCGGUUACGGAUAUCCACCACCUUCUGGCGGGAAUAAUAACAAUAAUUACCCUUAUAACCCUACACCACCUUAUGGUGGCGGAGAUGGCGGCGACAGCAGCGGCGGUUAUGGUGGCGCUACUCCACCACCACCGGACCCUAUUCUACCUUACUUUCCAUUCUACUAUCGAAAGCCACCUCACAAGCCAGAAGACUCUUCUUCUUCUUCAUUGGCUACUACGCAAUAC